UACAUGCAGCCAGCCCAGCGCCAGCAGUAGCAGAAGUUCCAUAAUCCGGCCCACGUUUUUUCGUCGACAUAAGUCAGACAGGAGGGUUUCCUAACACGUGCGUGCAUUUGGAAAAAAACACGUGUGCAGCAAACGUGUGCACGUUAUGGCGUUUGACAACAAAGUCAAUGUAGCCUCUGCUGCUCUUCUUUGGGCUGAAGCUGACCACGGGACGCCAAAAUGGGCUGAGGACGAAGAGACGCAAUCGGCAAGCCAGGAGAACACUGGUUUCGACGACCCUGAGGGACUCGACCAAGUGGGCCGAGGCUUCAACACAUCAUCGCCACUUGUUCCUCGUCACGUGCGGCAGUAUUUUCCGAGAAAGAAAAGAUCUGCUUUUUUGGACCUCAGCAACGUUGACAGCUCUGAUGACAUAGCAGAAAUUAAGAGUUUCACAGCAGACACUUUCAUCCCCAACAAAAGCUUGGGUUUUGACAAUUCUGCCCGUAAAACGGCCAGCAAGAACAACCGGAGCACUUUGUCAGUUGAUUCUGGCUUUGUCGACGUUGACCUGUCCACCGUGCCAACGUUCAAGCAGAGACUCAGAGUCUCAACUAGGGCUCAAUACAUUCAACCACAGCCUGCACCUGCAAAGCCAUUAUUUGUGCUGCAAGAGCCAGCUGCGGUCAAGUGUGAAUAUAAUUGUCCUCAAACAUUCAGAAGUGCCUCAGCUGCCUCCAGACACAUGAACAAUGUUCACAUCGAAUUCCGUCAGCGCAUCUGCGGCAUUUGCGACAAAAGCUGCAAAACGGCCUACGGCUUCCGAAUCCACCGCAAAUCUCACAACGCUGCGAACGCUUCGACUUGCGAAUUGUGCGGAAAAUCUUACUUUCUGAAAAGCCUCUUGAAACAUCACAUGAUAAUGCGCCAUGGUGACGACCGUCCGUUUGUGUGUCACUUGUGUCCUAAAGCGUUCAAACUGGCCGUCAGCCGUCGCAUCCACACCACCCAUGUCCACGGCCCUGGCUACACCUGCGACAUCUGCUUGAGUCACUUCAAGAGCCGAGGUCGAUUUACUCUGCACGUGAAGAACAAGCACCUGAAGAAGAAGACAUUUGACUGUCCAAUCUGUGGCGCCAAGUUCGACUACAAGUACAACAGAAAUGCCCACAUGGAGAACAAUCACAACUACGAAUGCUCUCUGUGCGACUCGCACUUCUUAUCAGCCGACGAUGCCAAGAAGCAUUGCGAGGAGGAGCACAGCAAAGAAGGGCUGGCCGAGGUGAGCUUUCCCUUCCACCGAAUCACUAAGUUCCAGUGUGACGUUUGCUACCGAUGCCUGGCUACAAAGCAGGCUCUCGACCGUCACAAAGACACACACCGCGGGUCCGAGCCUGCGCUUCUUUGCGAGGUUGAUCUGAUCACUGAGUAAAGUGGUUUAUUGAAGCAAAAUUUGACUACGUUUAGUAAUCUUCCAUGCAAUACAGGAAAAUAGGAUUUUUUUUUUUAAAUAAUUAAAUAUUUAGACAAAAAAUGUCCAAAAAUUCAAUACUUAAUUAUUGUACACCGUUCCGAGACAGCGUUUCUCUGUGGAGGUUGAUCUGAUCAGCGAGUAAAGAAUAAUUUUAAAUACUUCUUACAACAUUAUUGAAAUAAGAAAUCUUUUCAUUCCGUACGAAAUAGGAUUAAAAUAUAAACUAAAAAUAAAUAUUUUGCCAAAAUGUAAAAAAAUCAAUACUUAAUUGUUGUGCUCUUAAUUAAAGAAUGAAAGUUGCUGUAUGCCAUGUCAAAAAAAUUAAAGCAUAAUUAUAUAAUUUGAAAUGUGAAGAAACUUGAAAAUUAAUUUUAAGUACGUGACAGUUUUUUUUACAAUCAAUGUGGUUCCAAGGAUAUUAAUUGUUCCAACUUGUCUCACACAUCAAAUACUUAAAAUGCUGAAAUUAAUUCGAAUAUGUCUAUUUCAAUAUACAAAAUGAAACAAAUCUUCUGGAGUUAAAAUUAAAUAAAAUUCCUUUUUUACUUAUUUUUAAGACAUAGGAAAGUGCAUUAUUUAUAGUUUGAAGGUUGAAAUAUUUAAUGCCCUUUUGCACAAUUAGAUUGCUGCAUAAUUGCGU